AUGAUUAGAAAUCCAUAGAAUCCAAUAGUAUUUUUUGAUGUGGCUAUUGCAGGUCAAAAAGUAGGUAGGAUUAGAAUGGAAUUGUAUGCUGAUGUAGUUCCAAAAACAGCUGAAAAUUUCAGACAAUUGUGCACAGGAGAAUAUAAGAAAUUUGAUAAGCCUUCUGGUUUCAAGGGUUGUUAAUUCCAUAGAGUAAUAAAGGAUUUCAUGAUUUAAGGAGGCGAUUUUGUGAUGGGAGAUGGCACUGGAUGUGUUUCAAUUUACGGGGAUAAAUUUGAAGAUGAGAAUUUUUAAUUGAGACAUGAUGAACCUGGAUUAUUGUCAAUGGCAAAUUCUGGUCCAAAUAGUAAUGGUUGUUAGUUUUUCAUUACUUGUACCAAAUGCGAUUGGUUAGAUGGCAAACAUGUUGUAUUUGGUAAAGUAAUUGAUGCAGGAUCAAUGUAAGUGAUAAGAAGAAUUGAAACUACUCCAGUUGGUCCUCAAAAUAAACCAAAAUAAAUAAUCAUUAUUGAAGAAUGUGGAGAGUUGUGA